AGGAAAACAUCCCCCAGUUGUGCCUGCGCCAAUUUUGUCUGCCCCAAUUUCGUCUUCCCCAAUUUCAACUUCAAUUUUUUUUUUUGUUGGCCCCUUCGCGUGCUCUCAACCUGUUUGUCCUCCCUGUCACCACGAUGAAGAGGCGCACGCAGGGGCUGCUCCUGGUUUACUUGCUCACCUUUUUGGAGGCGGCCUUUUGCCUGUCCCUGUUCAGCAAGAGCGCAUUUCCGCGAGAGUUUACUAAAUCUGUGGAGAGGCACCUGCGGGAGGAUUACGGAGACAGGGACGUCCAAGUGUUUAGGGAAAUCAUGCGGAAUUACAAAAAUGAGGACACCCACUUGACCCCAGCGGAGGAAGAAGACUUAAAGGCCGCAAUGAAGAAGUACGCAGGGAGUAGGUUCAUUCAGGAGUAUGAAGCUUUGAUGGACGAUAACUCGAAGGACUCCCAAAAGGUGCUGGCCAAGUCGAUGGUCAAUUUGAUAAAGCAGCAAUUCGUUAAGCUGAAAGAGAUUGAGGCCCAGUACGUUACGCCAAACUUCGAUCAGUACAAACAGGUGGCGGAGAUGAAGCCCCAGCUGCUGGAUUUAAACGCAGACACGCCCUGCAACACCGAAGCGGAGUGCAAAAAACUGGAGAAUAUGAUGAACAUCUGCACGUACGUUCGGGGAGGGGCAGACUUUGCCUACGACAUUUUUUUGGUGACAACACACGUCGUAACUAGCAUGAUGGCCGUUCUGUGCGCCUGCAUUUUUAUUGGGCCCGUGCAUGUUUGCGCUUUGAAGAAUUUCCCGUACACGUGCAAACUGCCGUACCCCGUCUUUUCAACCCUGUUUAUGGCCACUUCAGCUGUGUGGGAAGUGGUAAAAGCUGCAACGGCGUUGUGCAGGGUGUACGGUGAUCUGUCAGUGAUGUCCAAAAUGGCCUGAAGGAGCCGGCUUCUACUGUGUCCCAGCUGCUACUCUGUCCCCGCUGCUCCCCCUCCCGUGUCUUUGAUUCUUAAACGAAUUCGAUUAAAACAAUUGUUCUACCUUUAACUGCCUCAUCUUGCCAAUGCGAAGGUCAUUUCGGCAACCUUCAGAACGACGUGGCCGCCCACGUAGGCGCACCCCCGCAGUUUGGCGACCCCGAGGGUGGGCUUGAAGGAAAUUUGCUCCACUUCCAUUACGAGCGUGUCGCCUGAACGGUUCAGAAGAAAAAGUGGCGCGGUGUACGUGUAAAUAUCGCAGCUGCGGUUUUGCUGCGCGGGGACACAACCCAGAAAGUUCCAUCCCCCGCAAGGUUUUACGAAUAAAGGAAUAUUGCUGACUGGCGCGCCCUCAAUGUUGCAACAGAACGGAUGUGCACUUUGCACUUAUCACUGCUUUGCUUUUUUUUUACGCGCAGUUAUUCCCCAAUUGCGAUGCAGACAGGAGUUGCACACACACUUGUGUACAUGCGCUCGCAAAGUGAUUUAACCUGGAAUGACUGGUUUCUUCCAGCGGACGCCGUCCACCCCAGCGAAUAAAAAUAAAUUGUCCCUCCCACUAUUUUCUUCAUUUGUGAGACAUAGU